AAUCAGUUUCGAUUCAGAAGUGGGUUAGAUCGGUAGCACCGCGGCUUGGAAAUGGACUUGAAGCUGAUAUUGGUUUUCGCAUUAAUAAACAAUAUCUACGCCGCUAAGAAAUGUAUUGUUGUUCUCGACCGGGGCGAUGAGUACAUCGAAUGUAAAAAUAUAGUUUCCUUGGCCUCCAUCAUAAGUGAAUGGCAGCCUUCCUGGGAAACUCUCCGUGUAGUGAAUGAACGCGAGUAUAAGCUUCUAAUUGCAGAUUUACCAAGACGCAGUAUCAUCACGUCACUUAAAAAGCUGGACUUGUCCAAUGCCGGUAACAUUCGAGUAACUGGCGAUGGUUUCAAACAAUAUGAUUCCUUGCGCUCUUUGAAUUUAUCCAAUACUGGGCUGGAUGAGAUCGACGAUUCGUGGUUUCCUAGUAGACUAACAAAGCUAGAUUUGAGUCGAAACGAUUUGAAUAGUGACGUCCUUGAUGACUUGAGGAAAUUGAAUCAAAUAACUGAUUUGCGCUUGGCUUCCAAUGCAAUUAGCGCUGUGGACUCGGAAUUAUUUGGAAAAAUGAGAAAGUUAACACGCUUGGAUUUAAGCUUCAACGAAUUUCAACGGAUAAAGGAUGUUGGACGCAUUCCUAAGCUUGAGCAUUUAAAAAUGACUGACAACAUGAUAGCAGAGGUAACAAAUGAAGAUCUUGCUGAUUUACCGAAGCUACAAACUUUGGAUAUAGGAUUCAACGUCAUUGACCGCAUCGAAGAAGGAUCUUUUUCCAUGCUCCCUGAACUUGAAGAAAUUGAUCUGGACGGAAACGUGUUGACGAACAUACCACCCAACUUAUUUGGAGGUAUUACUUCCCGGAGUUUCAGACGAUUGUCUUUGAAAGGGAAUAAAGUGAAAAGGCUGGAAGGAUUUCAAUCGCUCAAUCGCCUCAUGGAACUGGAUUUAUCAGGAAAUAUCCUGGAAGAUUUGAGCCAAUCCUCGUUUUCCGGAUUGGAUUCUUUAAGGCUGCUGAAUCUAUCGAACAAUGCUAUCCUGAAUAUACAGUCUUCGACUUUCGGACCCCUACCAUCGCUUGAAAUUCUGGAUCUGUCAGGGAAUCGGCUACAAACAUUAGACGGUAAUAUUUUUGGAUCAUCUGGAGCGCAUCUGAAGCAGUUGCUUCUAGCGAAAAAUAACUUGGGCGUUCUGCAGCCGCAUUUAUUCGAUCCCAUUGGAAAUGUUCGUGUUGUGGACGUCUCUUUCAAUAAGCUCACUUAUUUUGAUGAGAACGUGUUUCCGCCGCUAAGGAAAAUUAAUAAAUUUUUCCUUAGUCAUAACUCAAUUGAGCAUUUCCCAUUGAAAGCUUACGAAUUAUUGAGGACGUUGACUGAAGUCGCCAUUGACCACAAUAAACUAACAUUCUUACUAUCACCUACCACAAACGUGCGAAGGCUUCGAAAAAUUUCAUUGCAAGGGAACCCAUGGCAAUGCCCAUGUUUUGAUGAAAUUACAAACUUUUUGGCGCAGAAAAGUGUCAAUUACAUGAACGGAUUAAACUUCGAUGGACAGAAACCACUAUGUGUGCAUACGAAAUUCGCCUUCUGCAUUAAGGACCUCCAGAAAGUAAAGGAGGAACGCAUUGUGCCACCUAGUGAGUAAAGUGAGCAGAACACGUGACACAUGCCCUAGUCGCAAUGGAUACAUUGAAUAGAUUGUUAAGAAAUACCGAUUGAGAUUAAUUUCAGUCGUUUGAAAUUGGUGCUACUUAUUAACUUUCAUAGUAAGAUUGUAAUUUCUGUAAUGUCAAGAAAGAAAAUAUACAUAUUAACUCAUGAGA